AGACGCCACAGGGGCAGAAACAAGUCAGGGGUCAAAGUUCGCAUCAGCAGAGAAGCUAAGACAAGAGUCCGCCAUGAUGGCUGCUUCACGGGAAAAGCUCAAUAAAACAAGGAGGUCGCUGGUUCUGGUGCCGGUUCUGGAAUCCAACAGAAGCUAGAGAUGAACCCUUCUGGAUCAGGCAGAACCAGACAGCCUGUGUAGAUGGUUCAGGGUCCAGCUGGACGGGUUCUGGUUCUGAUUGGCCCGGGGUCGGUCCAGGAUGGAGCAACAGGCUGUGUGGCUGAGUCCGGACCGGGACAGAACCAGUAGUUUCCUGCUGGUUGCGACCCGUUUCGUCAUGAACAGAAUCGAGCGGAGCGUCUGAUUGGCCGAGCCGCCGGGCGCCAACAUGCCGUCCAACAAGUCCGUGUCUGACGCUCCCAUCAUCCAGUUCACCGACUGUAGAAUCCUGAGGGAGCACAAGCUACAGAGGGAGGACCUGUGGGUCCGGGACGGGAAGAUCCUGGACCCAGAGAAGCUGUUCUUCGACGAGCAGGGCUACGCCGACUGUCGCCUCGACUGCGGAGGCGCCAUCGUCGCCCCGGGCUUUAUCGACGUCCAGAUCAACGGAGGCUAUGGCGUGGAUUUCUCCCAGCCCUGCGAAGACGUCUCCGCCGGAGUGUCUCUGGUGGCCAAGAAGAUCCUGGAACACGGCGUGACGUCCUUCUGUCCCACCCUGGUUACGUCUCCGCCCGCCGUCUACCACCAGGUUCUGCCUCAGAUCAACGUUCACAAUGGAGGACCUGAUGGAGCCGGAGUCCUGGGGUUCCACCUGGAGGGUCCGUUCAUCAGCUCGGAGAAGCGGGGCGCCCACCCGGAGCGGUUCUUGAGGACGUUCCGGUCCGGAGGGUCGGACGACCUGAUGGAGACCUAUGGCAGCCUGGACAACGUCGCCAUGGUGACGCUGGCUCCCGAGUUGCCCCACAGCCAAUCGGUGGUCAGCACUCUGCGGCAGAAGGGCGUCACUGUGUCUCUAGGACAUUCGGUGGCCAACCUGUCCCAGGCGGAGGACGCCGUGCGCCACGGGGCCUCCUUCAUCACCCACCUGUUCAACGCCAUGCUGCCGUUCCACCACCGCGACCCGGGCAUCGUGGGUCUCCUGACCAGCGACCAGAUCCCGGCGGGUCGCACUGUGUUCUACGGGAUGAUCGCUGACGGGAUCCACACCAACCCGGCCGCCUUGCGCAUCGCACACCGGGCGCACCCUUCAGGGCUGGUGCUGGUGACGGACGCCAUCACGGCCAUGGGCCUCCCUCCGGGCCGCCACACGCUGGGCCAACAGGUCGUCCAGAUCCAGGGACUGCACGCCUACGUGGCAGGCACCAAGACGCUGAGCGGCAGCAUCGCCACCAUGGACAUGUGCGUUCGCCACUUCAAGCAGGCUGCAGGCUGCAGCGUGGAGGACGCCCUGGAGGCGGCGGCGCUGCAUCCGGCCCGGUUGCUCGGUAUCAGCCACAGAAAGGGCAGCCUGCACUACGGCGCCGACGCAGACCUGGUUCUGCUGGACGACGGGCUUCGGGUCAGAACCACCUACAUCUCUGGAGAGGAGGUCUGGAGGGCAGAACUAUAGAAGAAGAAGAACCUGUGUGCCUUCAGAUUGAUUCUUCUUGUUUUAUAAAGAACAUGGUUCUGGUUCCGGACCGGUACAGUCUGUGGUUCUGUUGCCAGCGGUUCUCCACCUGAUGUGGCCAUUAUGGCGUCCAAAAAAUAAAAAAUAAGAACUUUA